AUGGUCAAAGAUUUGGUGGUCAAGUGCAGAGGCCUUCCAUACUCAUGUACCGAAGAUCAGCUAAGGAAGUUCUUUGGUGAUACCGGCAUCAGCAAGGUCAAUCUGAUUAUGAGGGAUGGCAGGGCUGCUGGUGAUGCGUUUGUGCACUUUAGCAAUGAAGAUGAUUACAAGCAUGCACUGAAGAAAGAUCGUGAACACUUGGGACACAGGUACAUCGAAGUGAUGCCAGCAGAUGAGGAAAGUUCGAGGGCAAGCGCUAGAGAGCGGGAUAGGGGAAGAGAUCGCGAUCGUGACCGCCGCGAUCGUAGCUGGGGCCCUUACAGCCGUGGAAUGUCACGAGGUGGUCCAGUGGGAUAUGGUGGAAAUGGCGAAGGUGUUGUUCGUCUCCGUGGGCUUCCAUAUGGAGCUCGCGAGCGGGACAUCUAUGAUUUCUUCUCGCCUUUGCAGAUUGUUCCCGAUGGUAUUCUUCUGCCUGAUGAACGCAUAGCUUCUAAAACAAAUGGAGAGGCCUACGUAGUUUUUGCGGACCAAGAAACUGCUGAUCGGGCAUUAAUGCGUCACAUGAAGAACAUGCAGCACAGGCAUGAUUACCUUAUGACUUUAUACAUCGAGGUGUUUAUGGCGUCGUACGGCGAGAUGGUGCAAUUCUGUGAUGACCACCGUCUGCGCGUGCCGCGUGGUAACGGGGGAGGCUUCGGUGGUAUGGCUCGUGGCGGCUAUGACGACGGCUACGGUGGAUUCGGGUACCUCGGUCGAUCAGGUGAUCGCGGAGCGGCGGUCGGUCCAUGGGAAGAUAGCCGCAGUGCUCCAUUCGGUGGCGCGCCAUUACCUGAUCCAUAUUCAGGAAGCUACUCCAGCUCAUGGUCAGCUGCACGCCCGGUUUCUCCCCCUCGUGUUGCGUCGUCGUAUUCAGAUACUUUCGGCAGAGCAAGUCUUGCUGAUCCUUACGGUAGAGCUGUACCUGCCUCGGAUCCUUACGGACGUCCACCAGCGGAUGAUCCAUACAUGCGCGGAUCGAGGCGAUCAGAUGAUUUAUAUGGACGCAGGUCUGAUCCGUUUGAUACAUACCCGCGCUCGGGAUCGGAAACGUGGCGUGAUGACCGCCCAGCGCCUGCUGCAGUUCCUCCUGCAGGAUAUAGUGAUUCAUGGCAGGACUAUGGCUAUUCGAGCUCUGGGGGAGGACCGAUGCGUGUACGCGACCAAUGGCGUGAGGAUUCCCGCGGACCGGCUGCUGCUGCACCGCGUGGACGCGAACGACCUGGACAGAAAUACACACUCAAGAUGAGAGGGGUACCUUUCCGCGCCAUCGAGGCGGAUAUUUACGACUUCUUCGAACCAAUACGUCCCACAAACGUUGAAAUAAUUCACGAAGCAAGUGGACGUCCGUCAGGUGAAGCACGUGUGGAAUUUUCAAGCAGGAAGGAUUAUGACGAGGCACUACUGAAAGACAAACAGUACAUGGGACCGCGCUAUGUGGAGCUGUUCCCCGAUUUUGGAAGAUAUUGA